AUGGGUCUAAGACUUCACAACAGCAGCGAUGCCCUAGAUCUUGAUCUCACCCAGCGGUACCUGUCCCCCGGCCCCCCGCAGGUCAACAGGCCGCAGCCCCGCGCCCACUACAACGGCGCCUACUUCCACGCCGACGGCUCCAUCGCCCUGAACCGGGAGCUCGCCGGCCUCAAACUCCCUCUCCUCGACCUCAUUCUCACCGCAAACCACCAGAAACGGGCCCGCCGGCAACGGCAGACCUCUCGGCGCCAGACGCAUCGCUCAACACGGCAAUGGCGCACUGACGAGGCGGCCGAGGGCCGCACCCUGGCCUCGAGCGGCCACAGACUCCCCGGCGAGCAGCACCGUCGAACGCCGUCCUUGGAGAGGGAGGAAGCUUUCCGGGACCCGCGUACAACAAAGUCCCGGCUCCACCCCGACGAUGCGCCCGAUGUUGCACAGCUGUAUCGGAUGGGGCUUCUCUAUGACGAUGAGCACCUCCGCGGUUCUGCUUUCGGUCUGGAUCUCAUUGACCACCUCUCGGAGCCAGAGUACACCACGCGCCCUGCCAAGCGGGCGCGCAAGUCCAAACCUCGGCAGCCGGCCUCGUACGACGACGAUGUGCAACUCGCUCUUGACCUCUCCCUCGCUGAACUCGGCCGCGACGAGUCUUUUGCGCAAUUCCUCUGCUCCCCGGAUCUAGACGAAUUGCCCUCGGGUGACGAGUCUGACGGUAGCACGUAUAGCGCACGACUCGCGCCCCUGCAAUUUGUCUCUGAACUCGUGCAGUCGCCAGAGUACUUUAGCGACAACACGUUGCCCGAACUCACGACGGAUUCCGAUUCUGAUUCUUCUGCUUCUUACAACUUUUCUUCUGACGAAGACGAUUCUACUGGCGCGGAACCUGGGAAACGUUUGAACGCAACAACAGAGCAUGAUGGAACGAACCAGGAGUUUGACCGCGCCCCCUGGAUGGUGCCAGGUGACGGCUCGUAG